AUGAGCACCAGUGCACAUGCACUUAAGACACUCGAGAAGACUGAAUAUAUCUUAUUUGCUGGCGGGCCAUUGUCCACGGAGGCUGGUGAUAUUAUUAGUAAAUAUUGCCAGCUUAUCCCAAACAUCGGAUCGACGGAGUUAGAACAUGUACCACCUACCAUAUCGAAGACAUCACCCCAGAAUUGGAAAUAUUAUCAAUGGCCCUACUACCCCGAUAUCCAUUUGGAGGCACAUGACGAGGGAUUAUUUGAGAUGGCCGUUUACCGUUCAGCAAAUAGUCGUCUGCUUCAUGGGGUGUUUCAUGUUCUUCCUGAACUGCAGAAAUGGAGAACGAGGGACCUGUUUUCGAAACAUGCUACGAAGGAUGGGCUGUGGGGGUUUGAAAGCCGGACAGAUGAUAUUAUUGUCCUUUCGAAUGGAGAAAAGGUCAAUCCUCUUGAAAUGGAGGGGGUAAUCGAAUGUCAUGAUCUCGUGCAUAAGGCUAUGAUUGCUGAUCAGGAAAUGACUGAAUGUGUGCUUUUUGUGGAACCGGACUGA